AUGACUAUAUAUAUAACAACCACAUAGAGCAAUAAAAUUAAUUAAAUUAACUUAGGUUGCAUUAUAUAUCAAUCUAUGGCUUAUUGCAAAUCCCUUGAUGUGUUUUCAUGGGUUCAAAAUCUUCCACCAAUAUCCGAAUGGAAAACAGGUUCUAUGUCCUUAAGCUUAUGUUCAUUGCUAAACUCAUCUCAACCAUCACUUAAUCUUACCAUAUCAAAAAACCACCAAUCCCAAAAACUCUCUUUUGCUAUUGUGGCAGAUUAUAAUAUCCCUAUUUUUCUUUGGACCUCAAAACCAUUCAAACCUAGCAAUAAAAUAUCACAUGAAGAAACCAUUUCAAAUCUCCUUGUUAAUUUCAUACAAGACAUCCUUAAUUAUGGUUCAAAAAAUAAUCUAUUCAUUAAAUUUCCAAAACUUGAAACUAUUCCAAACUUUAGUGACAUUUUCAACCUUGCUUUUUUAACUCUCUUAUUCUUGGUUUGUAUUUACGAAGCUCCUUCGGAUCUUCGUUAUGGGUGUCUUAGUGCAUUAAAGGAACAAUUAUCAGGUUGUGAAUCAAGAAAAUCGUCAAAGUUGUUGAUGAAACUAUUAGGUUCUAAUUUGGAAGAAAAGUGGAUGCGUUCUAUUAACCUUGCUAUUACAAAUUGGAUUGUGGAAUUAAAAGAAGUAGCUAAACAUCAUUAUAGCAUGUUUAGAACACCAUCUCCUUUAUUUUCUCAUGCAUUUUCAACAUUUGGGUUGUGGAAAGUUCAAUUGUAUUGCCCUCUUAUAAAUAUGGAUGUUGUUAGUGCUAAUAAUCAUGCAGCUGAUGAGAGACUUCAAUUCUCUCUCAAAUAUCAACAACUUGAAGGUGUUCUUCAAUUCAACCACAAAGCCUUUAUCAAAGAGAAGUGGGUCGAAAUCAUGGUGAACAUUGACAACAUAAGAUGUGAUGUUUUCAAACUAGUAGAUGACACCCUUAUGAAAGAAAGAGGAGCUGGUGCAUCUGAAAAACAUUUCCCAUCAAGAAUAUCAUUGCAACUCACCCCAACACUUCAACAUCAAGUCUUAAGUGUAUCCGUUGGAAAAUCCUCAGAAAAUCCAAUAAUGGAAAUAGGCAUGGAAAAAAGUGUAGAAGCUACAUUUCAACCAACAAAUCCCUAUAUAGGACUCAACGUAUCAGCUGGAGAAUCCACAACGAUGAGUUUAAAGCCAUGGAAAUUCGAAGAAUCGGUUUAUGGUUAUAGUGCAAAUUUGAAUUGGUUUCUUCAUGAUAGUAUGGAUGGCAAAGAAGUGUUUUCAACAAAGCCUUCAAAAUUUGAAUUAAUUAACCCUAAGUCUUGGUUUAGAGAUAGGUAUUCAAGUGCUUAUCGUCCUUUUACUAGACAAGGUGGGGUUAUUUUUGCUGGUGAUGAAUAUGGAGAAAGUGUGUGUUGGAAAGUUGAUAAAAGUGCUAGAGGGAAGAUUAUGGAAUGGGAAAUUAGGGGUUGGAUAUGGUUAACUUAUUUGCCUAAUAAAUAUAGGACAUUCUACCAUGAAACUAGGAGGUUGGAGUUUAGGGAAAUUGUGCAUCUCAAUAUUCCUUAGCUUAGGAAUAACGCAGAAUAUGAAUAAAUUACUUUAGCUACCAUAUGAUGAAAAAUAUAAUUUGUAUUGGUAUUGUUGCGAUUCAAUAUUAUUUUAACAAGU